AUGGACCAAUUCCAGUUCUUCCCAUCUUCUCCAGGAUUCAUGGCCAUCAAGCACGACCACGGUUCUUUUCACAAGGAAACAAUAUCACGGUCAGAAUCAGAUGCUAACAGAAGCAUAAAGCCUUCUCAGACGUGGACUUUUUUCAUCCCUGAGAAUGACGGGCAUAUCCCUCCAUGGAAGCAGGCAGGCUCCCAGUCUGCACCAACUGAGGACAAGGAUGAUGUACUUCUCAAAAGCAUCCCGGAGACAAACCGGAUUCAGCCUGUUCCUGAGUACAGCACCAAAGCCUAUGCCAGUUCCAACGGUACGACACCCAAAAAGGGUCCCGUUGACAGGAAUCACCACAACGUGGCGUCUGAAUCGAGGCAACCCUCGCACCGCACUGGUCGAGAGAAAACACAGUGGACAUCGCAAUCCAGCGCGUCUACCCUCGUUGACAAAAGCAAUAACAAUAGCAAUCACAGUGGCAGCAGCGAGAUCCCGGUCCCGUCCGUUUCCAUUCCAGCCUCCAGGGCUGAGUCUCGGCGGGAAUAUCAAUCUCACAUAUAUGCGCCUACAUCUGUAUCAGCGUCUGUAUAUUCAACGACGCGUUCGCCUUCGCCUGUUUCCAUUACGGAGUACAGCGAUGAUGAUUGCUUCCCGGGGCAGCGGUAUGAUCUGGACGAUAGGAUUGUAUCCGGUCAUAUGGAUGGCUUGCACACCAUCAUGACGCCAGCGACUAUUGACAAGGAGCCGGAGGAGCUGGGCCUCGGGUCCGAGACUAAGUCUCUUGAUGUGGGCAUGGAUGAAUGCUCUUCUCCGGCGGAAUUGCAGAUGCUGUGGGAGGCUGCUAAUGGGCAGCUAAUCGAGCAUUUACCGGGGACUUUAAAAUUGUGUAUGGCGAGGACCAAUUUAGGAACAUUCACAUUUGGCAACACUCGCCGUCAACCCCCAUUGCCAUUCUACACGAUGCACCGGCAUCCUAUGAACGAAAUAACCAUCACAAGAACCAAUCCCUCCAAUCCACACAAUAUCUUCCCCGUCAUAACCCUAGACAUCGAACCUCCCACCAGCACGACAGCGGGUGGUCACCACAAUUCCUUCAGCAACGACCUCGUAACACUCAUAAUUCCCCAGCUAGCCUCCAUGCUGGCCAUGGAGCAAGCAGAUGAACGAAGCAGAAGCAGAAGCAGAAACAUAAGACGCUAUCUAUCUCCCUCCACGAUGGUCCCAACGGGGGGUCUCCACGAACGACAACAAAACGCCCCGAAUGGAGCCCCUUUCCAGGAAGCCUGCCUCCUAACCCGGAACAGAGUGCAAGGGGUCUAUGAGCUGCAGAAUAAUCCGCAGCGUCGCCCUGCCUUGGUCGCGGCUGAUGGGAUCGGAAUUGCUCUUUCACCUGUUCAGUCUAGACGGCCUCGUCCGUUGAAUAUCAUUGUCUCGUCGACGGCUAGUGGCGAUCGGUAUCGGUAUCACCAUAAUUACCAUUCGCGAUAUGGCCAUCCUCCGCCGACAAUCAUAGUCACGGCGAGUCCGGGAUCUAUUGUGAAUUGCCCUUCUGUGCAGGGCGCAAAUGGUAGUAGUACUACUCUCUCGACUAUCCCCCUACCCACCGAUAUAGACGAGAGCACCACGGCAUUGGCCUCCCUGGAUCUGGGAAGUAGGACACUUUCCCUCUCUCCUGCCGUUAUUGCAGCGGCGUUUCCCUCGCCGUAUGCGAUUGAUUCCCUUAUCGCCGCUAUCCUAGCCGUGGCUGUUUCCGAUGAUGCUACCCUCCCUUUCCUGGAGGAUAUGCAGCUCCAGCUCUCCCGCCCUCAGGGCCCGAUAAUGAGCCCAAGCUCAAGCCCGAGUCUGAUACCAAGCCCGAGCUUAAGUCUUAGCCUAAGCUUGAAUUCACUCCGAGAGAACUUAUCGCAAUAUCCCCGUCCAACAACACUUAUAACAGGGAACCUGAUAACGAGUCUAGCGGAUCACGAAGAAGACAAGCAGGCCACCGAGAUGAUCGCCAGGGUGAAGACCAUGAAUAACAACAAUAAUAGUACGCAAGGAGAUAAUAGAGGGAUGAGAAGUCGAAGUUUGGGAUUUCUGUCCAAAUUCACUCGAUCUAAGAAGACGAAGACGAAGACAAAGAACGAGGGAAGAAAGGUCGCUGCGGCGCUCGAAGAUUUGGAUCUGGAAAAGUACGCUCGAUACGGCCCUGGUUCCUCGAGGGAAGGGGAGGAGUUGCCCGUCGUUACGCGGGGAUUGUUGGCCUUUCUAUUCUGGGGGUUUGAGAUGACUGUUCAUGGGUUGGCGAUGAUGGCGAGGGCGUUGGCUUGGGUAUUGGUUAGCGUGACUCGGUUUGUGACGUGUUGGAAGGUUUGA